AUGCAAACCAAAGCUUUGAUGGUGUUCAAGAUUGAUGAUGAAGGAAACACAGUUUACGCUAAUGAGAAUGGAGAUCUCUGCAUUUUCCUUUCAAAGUCUGAACCUUUCUGUGUUCCUGCUAGCUCCUUCCCCGGCAUGUCCUCUAACCGCGUGGCCUUCUUGGAUUUUGACGAGAACGUCUAUAUUAGUGUGCCCUGUUCCAACAUCAUUGGUGGCAAUUGGUCUUACAUAGCCCCUUACCAUAUUCCACCUCAAAAUCAUGAUCCGUAA